UGCUGGUGUGAAUAAGUACAUGCCGCAGAAUUGAUGGUGCUGCUGUUCCCGUGAUUGAAGGCGAGAGGAGGAAAAGCAAGAGGGAGGAGGCGUCAGUCGUCUGCGGGGCCGCAGAGGGGAUAAGGACACACAGAGACAGAGUGAGACAGACUGCUGUUGUCAACCACCGUUGCGUCCGUCCCGUAGUCAUCUGCCUGCUUUGCUGCCGCUGUGAAUGGACUGAGUCUCUUUCCGCAGUGGUUUUCUGCAUUCGCCGUGAGUCAUUGGCGGGAGAAGAUGGCGGACAGGGCUGAGAUGUUUUCUCUUUCCACCUUUCAUUCCCUCUCCCCUCCUACCUGCAGACCAUCUCACGACAUCAGCCUAGAGGAGUUUGAUGAUGAAGAUCUUUCUGAAAUCACAGAUGACUGCGGGAUUGGUCUUAACUAUGACUCUGAUCCAUAUGAAAAGGAUUCUCUUAUACUGGAAAAGAGUGACAUGCACCACCCAGUCUGCUCCUUCCAGGAUGAUUUCCAAGAGUUUGAAAUGAUUGAUGAUGAAGAUAAUGAUGAGGAGGAGGAAGAAGAUGAAGAGGUUGACCACAAUUCGCCUCCAUCACCAUUUGCUUCUCCUCCCUAUUCUCCGACCCUUGGUACUCUGAAGAGCAGACCAACCACACUGAACCUCACCACUGCUGUGUCACAGGAUUCUCUGAAUAACAACAGCAACCCAUCUCCAAAGAAAGGAAGUUGGCAAGACUCUCUACGUAACACCACCACACAGGGCCAUUUGACUCCAACCCACUCAUGUCUGGAUGAUGGUGGCCAUAUAACAGGCCAGUGUCCAGCCUCUCCGGUUACCCAGGCUACAGUGUGUCAGACCAAAGGUACUCCACCCAAACCGACAGAAGAGGGCGUAAACCUCCAGUCUCCUCACAGGCCACUCAUCUGUGACAUAUUGGGCAACAGGCGUGAACAUCCUGAAUACGGCUCUUUUGGUCAACUUAAGUCCCAGUUAGGUCCAGGUGAAGUCACUGAACCAAAACCUGAUCCUACAAUCAGAGCAUGCAGGGUGCCCUCUGUGGACGAAAACUCCCAGUCUUCAGACACAGAAGUAGACCACCAUCUCAACAAUGAUCACAACCGCAGGCAUACAAACCAUUGUGCCACAGAGACAUACACCAUUACCAGUGAGUCAGGUGUCGAGGCAGAGAAUGAUGCAGACACCAUUAACUGCUUAUCAUCCACUGCGCCCCUGGGAGGCAAUAAUGGCGCAGACACACCCUUAUCAGAUGAGGAGCUUGAAAAAGAUGAUGAUCUGGCGUUUAUGUGUAAAGAGACUUAUAAUAUGGUGUGUGAUGGGAAUCACUCAUCAUAUGUUGAAUUCCCCGCAAUUCAGUCUGAACCUGCCUCCUUUUCCAGCUAUGUCACCUCCAUGUGCUCAGAAGGUCGCGAUCAGUCCAGUAGUACAGGUGCUACGGCAAAUUCGUCCAUGGAUGCAGCAGCUAACGACUCCACGUCUCCAUCGUCAGAUCCAGGGAUUGCAGAUAUGAAUCAGCAGGGUUACAUAACCUCAGACCAUGACAAGGACCUCAGUUCUCCGGGCUCUGACUCUGACCUUGACGGAGAGCUGGAGGCGGCAUUUGCUUGUGGUCCCGUAGCUUCCAACAUGAUCUCCUCUAUUUCUGAGACAGAGCUGGACCUUACCAGUGAUGACAGCAGCAGUGGACGCUCAUCUCAUCUCACCAACUCCAUUGAGGAGGCUAGCUCACCUACAUCAGACCAGGAGCUGGACCCGGAUACAGAGUUAGAGCAAGACAGUGGUAUUGUUGGGCUAAAAACAUCUCUUCUUCUCGGCCAGCCAGACCCCAUAAAAGAAGGAUGUCCUAUUCCAUCUCCUUCCCCACUACCAUCCCCGACAAUCGCUACGCCAUCCCCUGUUGACUCACCUACCUUACCCCCUGAGACUUAUGAUGAUGGCCAAGCACUGUUUGGGUUGCAGAAUGUAGAUGACGAGUUAUCCUGUGAGCAUCAAGCUGACCCAGACGAAACUCUGCCACCUGAACAACACUGUGAGGACAGUUUAUCCAGACAAAUGGUCCUUGAGAUAGAACCAGAUCAUAGCCUAGAGAGUUUCAAACGAUCAUUCUACCUACCAGUGGGACCCAGGUUAAUUCCAAAUGCAGAUGAAUAUGAUGGACUAAGUGAGGGGGACUCAGAAUCAGAAAGUGAAGAUGACUUGAGUGAGAACUCAGACUCACCAUGGCUGCUUAGCAACUUGGUCAACAGAAUGAUCUCGGAAGGCUCUUACCCAAUCAGCUGUCCUGAAGAGUGUUUAAAAAGGAAGUCCUCUGUGUCAGACACUAUCUCCCCAUCUUCAGAUAUUGGAGAUGGAGAUGGAGAUGGUUUCAUUGAUGAUGGAAAUGAGAAAAAAGAUAACUUUGAAGAAUUUGAAGAGGUGGAGUGUGAUGGAUACCGAAUGGAAAGGAUGGUGUCUGGGGAAAGAGGGAGUAUGGGGGCAUCAAAAGAAGGAGAUAAUCCUUGUCAUUAUUUGAGAAACUCGUCAUGUGACACGUUGAAGUCUGUCGUUUUAGAACGCUGCGUGAACAACGAGAAAGAAAGUGGCGAUUUUCAAUCGUGGUAUACCAGUAGAGGUUCAGAGAAAAACAUUACUAACAAAUCAUCAAAGAAUCAAAGGACGCAGGAGGAGGAGGAAGAGCCCAACAAUGACUUAAUGAUGCUGGAAGAGAAGAAGGUUCUGGACUCACCCAGUCUCAGUGAGAGCGUAGUUAGCGACAAGGACGAGGGUCGAGAGACAGAGCCUAACAAGUCAACCAGCCACUCUACAGCCUCUCUUGAGCGUAUUACGGAGGUGAAACAGAGUCUGACGUUGGACAUUCCCACAACUCAGACCAACCAUUGCUUCAGCCUUUCUUACUCUACUGACAAUGAUGAGGAGGAGGAUGAUGCCGACUCUUAUCCAUUCCUGGAUGGCCUGGGAAAGCAGUCCUACAGAGACAGUGACUUAGAGUGUGACAGCUUGCCACCUAUUAAUUCCACCAUGUCAAACCACCAUUUAUCUGAACAUGACCUUACACUGUGUGAAAGAGAUCUUGCUCUAAGGCAACCAAAUGAAGAUGAUGAACUGGCCUACGACUCCAUGAAGUACACACUGGUUGUUGAUGAAAAUACCAAGCUGGAGCUUGUCAGCCUCAGAAGAUGCACCUCUGUUCUGAGUGAUGAUAGUGAGAUCUCGACACUUUGUGACAAAGAGACAACUGAGGUGGGAUACAGUCAAGAUGAUGACGAAGUAAGACCAGAACUUCUCAGUUCAUCUGAAGACUCUUCUCCUGAGGCUGAUCUUCCUUUCUCCAAGAAGUUUCUUAAUGUGUUUGUCAACAGCACAUCCCGUUCCUCCAGUACAGAAUCUUUUGGGCUCUUUUCCUGUACCAUCAAUGGAGAGGAGAGGGACCAAACACACAGGGCAGUAUACAGGUUCAUUCCUAGACAUGCAGAUGAGCUGGAGUUGGAUGUGGAUGAUCCAUUAUAUGUGGAAGAGGAAGAGGAUGAUUACUGGUACAGAGGCUACAACAUGCGAACAGGGGAAAAGGGUAUCUUUCCUGCAUUUUACGCCCACGAGGUUAUAAGCCAGUCUAAAGAGUUGCUGGGAAUAAAGAGAAAUCCAGCGUGGAUCGAGACCUUUAGUGUCCAGUUUUUGGGGUCUGUUGAAGUUCCUUAUCACCAAGGCAACGGUAUUCUCUGUGCAGCCAUGCAGAAGAUCGCAAUAUCGAGGAAACGAACGGUACAUGUGAGACCUCCAUCUCUGUGUGAACUGGAGGUCAGCUUACAAGGAGUGAAACUCAUCAUGAGCCUGGAGGAUGAUUAUAACACACUUGAUGAGUAUGACAGAUGUAGCCACUUCUUUCAAAUGAAGAACAUCUCCUUCUGCGGUUGCCACACAAAGAACAACUGCUACUUCGGAUUCAUCACUAAACAUCCCAUGCUGAACAGAUUUGCUUGCCAUGUGUUUGUGUCCCAGGAGUCCAUGCGACCUGUAGCAGAAUGUGUCGGUCGAGCCUUCCAGGAAUACUAUCAGGAACAUCUGGAGUAUGCCUGCCCCACUGAGGACAUUUACCUUGAGUAAGAAUUGAUGUCACCGUCCCCUUGUUCCGCAGCUUGUUCAUCAAGUUGGCCACCAGAGGGCACUGUGAGAGAGCUCCUCUCUCUCUCCAUUUUAAACUUGCCAGUGUCCCUCCACAACUCACAGAACUUCAUUUCUACCGUAUGCUAGGAUUCAACUUCUUUCUCUCUCUAUCUCUCUCCGUUUAUUUUCAUCACAUCGAUGGAAAGAUUGCCUGUUUCUUUUACCUUUUUCUAUGAUAUAAAACUUAGGAUGCUGAGUACCUCUCUAUUUAAAGGUUGCUCUUUUGAAACAGUAGUAUGUACCUAUUUCACUUUUCAAUGCAUGGCUGAUAGGUUAAAUGCUCACAGACACACAAAGACUUACACAUAUCCAAGCGAAUGACAAGCAGCUUUAAUGGUCAGUGAUGACGUGGUGUGAAACCAGGAGGUCAGCAUCUGUUUGAACUGUAAAUAUGUAUUUAUUUAAUGCCGAUUAGAUUUCUACUGAUAGUGAACUGGAGCAAAGUAGAGAGUACGGUGAACUGUCCUCAGUCUGAGUUUACCCCGUGUUGCAUACCAGAAGUAGUGUGUGUUGUAAAUACGUGUAUAGAAAGUAGACAUGAGGGAGUCUAAUUAAGAAGCAACUCACAGUUGACGCUGACAGGGGAGUUGGGUGGGGGUGACUCUGGCUGGAAAAAUUGCAGGUGUGUCAGACAGAUUGUGGUGACUUAAAAAUCUUUGAUCGUUAUUAAGCGUAUGUUUUAUUUAGAUUUGAUUUCUGUUGACGAUGUGUGUCUUCGUUCGUCCCGUCCUCAGUAAAGCACUGCUUUUGGGCCAUGACCGUGGGAAGGAGUAGUCGCGGAAACAUUUUCACAGGUAAACUGCGGGGUCACCGUAUGUUUUGCGAUGAUUAAUGUGACUUUCUGGUUAAAAAAAAACUGAAGGCAACACGAAAAGCCAUAUCCACACAUCUGUGACUCUCUGUGAUGUCAAGUGUUCUUUCUUUUACUUUGCAGUUCGUAUUAGGGAAAACAGAACAACUAGAUCGAUGUGUAGUGUUGUGUCAGUGAUGCUGUACAGCCUUUGUGCUUACCAUGCGGACAGAGUGGCCUAAGGUUUGGACUUGGCAUCAUCUUUGUGAAAUUCCCAGCUUCAAACAUAGCAUUAAACAUAAGUGUUAUUAUAGUAUAAUAAAAACAGCCAGACUUUGAUCUUGUUACUAACAGUAAAGGACAGAGAUAACAACCACAUUAAGUCAGGCCAAGGGUUGUAUUAUUAAUGGCACCUUACAUAACAACUGGCUGCAGGGUUUGGUUUUUUUUUUCAGUCUCCUUACAUUGGGAUAGAAUCAACAAUUUUGCAGACGAUGUGCUUCUGUGAUUUCAGGCUGCAGGUUAUUUCACUCCCUGACAUCCGACCUUGUUUUUUUUCUUUUUUUUUCCGCAUCGUCGCAUCGUCACAGUCCUCCAUGACGUAAAAACACACACCUCAGAUCUGCAGGGCGUCAGCAUUUUAAAGUUUGCUCUCUGUUGAAGUGGCAGCAGGAAAAAUGUUAGUGUUGAACAUUCAUAUGUAUUGCUGUCACUUAGAUCUUGUAGAUAUAUAGCAAAUCCUAAGGUAGUGAUGUGUUCUUUACGUUGAGUAUGUUACCAAUAUUGAUAUGUAGAAAACAAAUUUAAAAAAAAAUGAAAGAAAAUAAUCACAACCAGCAAAACUCCCCUGGGAAACCAUUAAUGAACAAGUAGAGAUGUAAAAUCUGCCGUGAUCCGUUUUCCGUUCGUUGGUUUUCUAUUCAAACAUACCAGCUUGACACGUCUCUACAGAUCAACUUCAACAGCACAUUUUAGGGCUUAUUUGUCAUGUGACAUGACACAAGUGCGAGACCGGUAAACGUUGAUUGGUGACCGAGUAAUGGAAAUC